CUUUACCCGCUCCCCCACAGCGCCGGCCCCUCCUGGGAGCCUUUCCCCGUGGGAUCCAGCUGUCUGCUGCCAUGCCUGGGAAAGCAGAGGGAGACGGCCCAAGGACUCAGGCCCCUGAACCCAGAGUGGAGCACCGGAUACAGUCCCGGGCUUCUGCUUCGGCCUGGCCCGGUCCCGGCCUUAGUAGCCACCUGGGGGUUGAACCCCCAGAGGGACGAUCUGUGAGAGAGAGCAAGAGGCAAGAGGGCUCGCGAUGCCCGGUGCUCUGCUUCUCUCCCCAAGCGGCUCCAACGGCCAGCGCCGGGCCAGGCAGAAGCCAGGAGGCUUGACCUCCAUUCAGGGCGCCCAGGAGGCCGGGAGGCGUGGUCCCUGGGUCACAGGCUGGAGAGGCCGCCCCGCCUGCAGCCCUGGGGCUUCGGAGGCUGGACGCGGCAGGCAGCGCGGAGGUGCGUCCCGCGGCGCCACGGCGGCCGCCCAUGGGGAGUGCGCCUGCGCCCGGCGCUGUGACCCGGAAGUGGCCCCUUGUGCCCCGGAAGUGGCCCCUUGUGGCCCGCGGCGCUCAGGUAGGAGUCCUCGCGGGUCCCGUCCGCUGCUGCCGGAGAGCCCGCGCGAGCCGAGCCGUCGGGAGCCGUCCUGGACGCUGCCGGCGGAGCCUGCGGGAGACCCAGCGCCCCCGGGGUCAGGCCGGGCUCAGAGAGGCUGCGGCCCGAGGCUGCCGCGCCGUUUCCCGGGCGCGGUUCUCUUCUUCGGCCCUUCGUGGAAGCAGCGGCCUUCGCGGGCCCCUGUGCCGCCAGCAGACCGGGCCCCCUUGGCGGUACAUCUCCUGCUCAGCCAUCCUCAGAUGGAAGUCUGCUCCUCAUCUGUUCCUGCCCAAAAGCCUGUUCAAGUCUUGAGGAGCCGUCCUCGAUGCUGCUGGCGGAGCCUGAGUGAGACCCAGUGCCUCCGGGGUCAGGCCUGAAUCAGAGACACUGCAGCCCGGGACAGCCGCAUCAGUUACCUUGCCCUUCUGGAAAUGUGUAGGCGCGGUCCUCUUCUUGGGCAGUCUGGAAGUCUACCCCUCGGGCCUCGGCUCCUGUUCCAGAGGAGCAGAAACGCUCUUUGAUCAUGGCUACUGCACCUGCUGUGGCAGGUGAAAAGUCAAGCUCCAGUGACAGUGACAGUGACACUGAAAAUGAUAGCUCUGAAGCCAGUGAGACCACGGAGAGCGUGUCCUCUUUUGAUCAAUUUGAAGAAGAAGAUGACCUGAGCGCAGAAGGCAUCGUAGAAGAGCCAACUUCCAGGCAACUGCAGUUUGAAAUCAAUGAAGAGACACCUCCAGGAGCUGAAGCUACAGUUGAGAACAGCUGUCAGUUGGGAGAAUCAGGAUUAACUGAAUGUGGGGAAAUUCUAAAGAAACUCUCCAGGUACCUUUGGGCCCACCUGUCAAAAUCCGAGAGGGUCAGCUUGCUGAAAGACUUCGUUGAAUCUGAAUUUUUUUUGAUUGAUGGAGAUUCCUUACUCCUCACUUGUGCUCUCCAUGUGAACCUCAAGAUGGGGCAAACCCUCCACUUCUUCUACAUUAUGGAGCGGUUUCUGCACGACUUCAUUCAAAAGGAAGCCAGAUUUGUAAUCGUCUUUUUUAAGGAUGCAGAAAAUAUAUAUUUUAACUGCCCUCAUUUUCUGGCCCUUCGUACUGCCCUGAUUCAACAUUUAGAAUACAAUACUGAUGUCACUGUUCAUACUGAGUUUUCCAAUUGUUUGUCUCCAGAAUGGAACACAUUUCUUGAGGAAUGCUACCCGCAUUUCUUGGUCAUCUCAGAUGAAGGAAUAACCGCUCGACAAACAGAUUUUUUAAACAUUUUUAUCAUUCAUGCUCUUCAGAAGAAAAUCAAUAUAGUACAGCCCUUGGGGCUAGAGUCGGAUGUCCUUAGAAUUUAUGGAUACCAUACCUCAAGUCGCUUUGAGCACAGACAAUUCUUUGAAAUGCAUGAGAAACAGCUGCGACAUGCCUUACAUGCCCAUGUGGUUUUCCAAAAGUCACAGGAAGCAAGAAUAUCUGUGUGUGGUCAUUUGAAAUUAAAUGUGGAAGACCUGCAGAAGAGGUAA